AUGAUUGGAAAAAGCCAGUCCCCACUGAUUGCAACUAAUUUUGGACAUAGUUGCUCAAAAGAAAUGAAACGGAAGACUACUGGUGAAUUCGCUGAACCGUCGAUGAAACGUACGAAAAGAUCGGUUAAUUCAAGGGACGAAACUGAUUACUUGCGACAGUGUGCUGAAGUCUUAGAUUGCUUACGGAGCUAUAAAACUGCAGACGGUCGUUCAUUGUGCUCUAGCUUUCUUCGGGCGCCAUCAAGGAGGACAGAUCCAGAUUACUUCAAAAUUGUCCGUCACCCAAUUGACCUGACGAGAAUACAACAAAAAAUCAAGACAGAAGAGUAUACAACUUUUGCUGAUUUUUGUGCAGAUAUACACUUGUUGGUAAAUAAUAGCAAGGACUAUUACAAGUUUAUAGACGGCGCACCUCCUUUUUCUUCCUUGCUAUUCAGAACUUUCCAGGCAGACAGUGAAGAGUACAAAGAUGCAUGCGAGUUAUCUGAGUUAUUUGAGUCAAAACGUAAAGGUAUUAUAGAAGAAUCGUUAGAGUUGAACGCCUUAGGAAGUUCUUCAAACAAUAGUUGGUACGAAUUUUUUUUUAUUUUUGUAUACCAUUUUGCUGCAUCUUUCCGAUUUUAUAAGACUAUGAGUUUGUCUCGUCAUGACCCUGAAAGUUUGGAGGAUGAGAAAGAAGGAGACAAAGAAGAAAGUAUUAUUGAUAGUGCGGAGCUUGAAGACAUUAUUGCUUCAACCCUAGAAUUAACAGAUGAUACUGGCCGACUUUUAAGCCCUCCGUUUCGAGUGCUUGUUUCUGAAGAGGUUACUUACGGCCUAAAUAGCCUUGUAAAAGUGUCUUUCCAGGAAUUGCCAUCUUACUACGCUCGUAUAAAGAAUCCGAUCGACCUGAAGACUAUAGCUCAGAAAAUUCGCUCAAACGAGUAUCACACCUGGUCGGAUUUUGAUGCUGAUUUCCGUCUAAUGUGCAAAAACGCAAAAGUUUUCAAUGAGACAGGGUCAAUGAUCAGCAGGGAUGCGACAGUUCUUUUGCGAAAUUACAAAAGACGCAGAUCUGAGCUUACUAACCCUAAUGCGAAGUCUCUUUCAGCAAAAAAAAUUAAGCAAAAUGCUGUAGCUGUAGAUGAGCUUUUAACUAUGGAAGCUAUUGAUGAUGCAAUAGAAGGCUUAUCAGAGGAUUCUGAGGAGGAUGAUGAUACUGAGAGCAAUGACGACCCGAAAUGGAGACUUUAUUGGGCUGUGAGAAACGAACCUAAUCCAUCUGAUCCUAAUGCAGUUCUUUCGGAGCCAUUUUUAGCACUGCCAAGCAAAAGCUACUAUCCUGAUUAUUAUAAUGAAAUAACUUCACCCAUGUCGCUGUUCGUGAUCAAUAAGAAAUUAAAACGAGGUGGCUAUGGGUCAUUAACGGAGUUACUUGCGGACAUUACCUUAGUUUUCGAAAACGCGAGAAGUUACAAUAUAGAAGGUUCAGAGAUUCAUGACGCAGCUAUAAAAUUGGAGAAAUUGGCUGUCUCAAUGGCGAGGACUAUGCAGCCCGAUAACGACGUAAGAUUUUAUUUGUAUGCAAGAAGUCAGUUGGUAUUCAGAGAAGAAAAGCUAGACAUAAAUGUUUUAUCUCAGAAAGCGCAGACAUUAGCGAAUGACGAUCUGCCGACAAGACCUCGACACCCGCUUAUGCGUGUAUCGAAUAACGUUGAUUUCGUUGAACGGUCUAGCAAGCCAGGAAGGAAGAGCAUAAGUGAACUAUUAUGUAGGUACAGAGAGAAACUACAGUCGCUUUGGGAGACUGCAUACACUUUGAUGGAUGGUAACCGACGAUUAGCUGAUGCUUUUAUGAUUUUACCAUCAAAGCACGAUUACCCUCAGUAUUACGAUGUCAUUGAAAGGCCAAUUGACAUGAUGAUGAUUAAGAGGAAAACAGAUGAAGAUAAGUAUGUUUCGUCAGAAGAAUUCAUUGAUGAUAUCAGGCUACUUUUUGGAAAUGCAAGGACUUUCAAUGAGCCAGGUUCUCAAAUUUAUAGAGAUGCAACUACAAUGGAGUCAGCUGUUCUUGCGGCAUACAGUUCGCUGCAGGGUCUUCCUCUGUUGAAUCCGCUUCAUAUGAAGUCUAAAUAUGGAAACUCGCCUGCGAAGUUUUCAACUAGUAUUAAACGCAAUCUGAAUGGGAGCGAUUCUAAAAUAUCCGCUUCAUUCAACUCUCUAAUGACUGCACCUUUGCGGCACAGUGGAAAUAACCCUAACCAUGCAGCUUCCACCUCUUCUGGCUUGCAGCAAACACUGAUUGAGCUUUUUAAUCUUCUCAAAAGUUCUCGUGAUAAUAAAGGCCGAGGGCUUGCCGAAGCGUUUUUGCACUUACCAUCGAAACUGGAGUAUCCAGACUACUAUGAUGUUAUUAAGAAGCCAAUUGAUUUUGCUAAAAUCGGUUCUCGCAUUUCUUCUAAUCACUAUGACAGUAUUGAUGCCUUGAUCUCUGACUUUACACUCAUGUUUGAUAAUGCCUGUAGAUAUAAUGAGCCGGAAAGCACGAUAUAUAAAGACGCGCUUUCCUUGCAAAAAUUAGUUCUUCAAAAGAAGCGUGAACUAUGUAAAAGUACUACGAAUGUUGAUGUGGCUUUUGAAAUCAGAUCUCUUCUGACUUCAUUGCUUGCUUCUGUAACUAACCAUCAGGAUCGUGAUGGCCGGUGUUAUUCUGAUUCUUUGGCAGAAGUUCCUUCAUUGUUGAAAAAGCACGGGAAAAAGCCUGAAGAAAUUCCGUUUUCUUUAGAUCAGAUGAAGAAGAAUAUUGAUAAGAGAAGGUAUCGUCGGUUGGACAGAUUUCAAGAAGACCUUUUCUCUUUGUUUGAUGCAGCACGCGAAAACAGCAGAUCGGAUUCUCAAUUAUUCGAAGAUUCUGUGGAACUACAAAUGCAUUACAUAAAAGUCCGUGAUGACUUAACAAAAGAUUUCCUCAUAUCCCCAGCACGUCAUUACACUGAGCGUACUUUGUUAAAUGCUGUUACUGAACUGAGAAAACAAAAGCUACCUGAGGAGAAGAAAGCGGAUGAUAUGAAUGCUGAAAAGCAGUCGCUGGGAACGAAAGCAGAAGGAGAUAUUGAUUUGGAAUCAGUUGGUCAAGGUGGCUCUGUUUACCGGGUCCAUGACUAUGCUUAUGUUGCGCCAGCGGUGGAGGAGACGUCUAGUAAAAAUCACAUUAUGCGUGUUGAAAGGUUGUUCAAAAAUAGCGACGGUGAAACUUUUGCACGUGGAUUUUGGUGCUAUCGCCCGGAAGAAACUUUUCAUUUGGCUACUAAGAAAUUUUUGGAAAACGAAGUCUUCUUCACUUCUUAUUUCGACACAGUUACUGUCGGUCGUCUGGUUGGCAAGUGUCACGUUAUGUCUAUUAGACAGUAUAUGAAGGAGAAACCAAAGGGCUUUGAAGAUAAGGACGUUUAUGUUUGCGAGUCGCGCUACAUGGGAAGACAACUGCAUUUCAAAAAAAUCAAGCACUGGCCUUACAAGAGUGAGGAUGAUAAUGUGGAGUUUGAGAAACGUCCGGAACCACUGACGUCAAUUAAUCGUGUGGCGUCGGUGUUUGCGAGUAAGCCACCACGAGCGAAUAAUUUUGAUGCUCAAGAUGCUGAUGAUGAGGCUUCUCAAGAAUCUUCUUGUUCAUCCACUGAUGACGAGUACUUGCGUAAUUUGCCACCAGUCCUCGAUAAACAACGUGUUGAAGUCAUUGUGCCACGUCAGGAUAAACAGAACUUAGAUGAGGUUGAAGACGCAAAAAAAACCUUUUACGAGCAAAUGGAACAUUUAGGACGUUGGUAUCAACUUGGUGAUUUUGUUCAUGUUUACAAUCCUUUGAAAAAUAGGACGGUUGUUCUUCGGAUUGACAGGAUGUGGAGGAAUACAGAAAGCGACGCAAUGUUUUCUGGACCUUGUUUUGCGCAGCCAGGUGAAAUUGAACAUGAGCCUACUCGCAUGUUCUACAAAAGGGAACUGUUUGCUGUUGAGCAGCCAGAUGUAACGGUGCCAAUGGAUAGUAUUCAGGAGCAGUGCGCUGUCCUGUUGUUGAAAGAUUACAUGAGAAUGAGGCCCACUGAAAUUGAUGAGUCGCUUGUGUACGUUGUGGAAUACAAAGUUUCUGGAAAGGAGGCACCGGGAAAUCAUUGCAGUUUGCAUGGGACUGCUUUUUCUGCUGCGAAGAAGUCAUUGACUACAGAUACUACAGAUUCUAGUGUGCAUACGGCAUCUAAUUCUGCACCAAUUAAAGGUGAACAAAUGAGUGAAGCAUCUGCGCAGAAAAUUAAGACUUUGAAGGCGUACCAUCUUUCGGCCGAAGUCCUCGAGCACGAAAUCUUGCUUUUUAAGACGCCUAUCACGAUGGAAAAGGAGAUGUCGCCUUUAUUAAUGAAGGCAGACUCUUCAGCAGUGCCCAGUGAACAGGCAGAUGACAUGGAUGAGACUGCUUCAGAAUCUCUUGAUGGGGGUGAACCAGCUGGAAAACAAGAGUUGGUGUCCUGGUUAGCUUCGCAACCGAAGUUAAAUGCCAGGUCGAAGAGCGGUUACAUUCUGUUUUCUGCUGAGAUCAGGAAAAGGAUUAUGCAAGAAAACCCAGAAGCUGGUUUUGGUGAAGUCAGCAAAAUCGUUGGAAUUGAAUGGAAAAAAUUAACAGAAGAGCAGAAGAAACAGUAUGAGGUGAGAGCUGAGUAUAUUGCUACCGAAAGGGCGAAGCAAGAGGCACGAGAGCCGCAGCAGUUCAGGCUACAGCCGGGGCAGAUCCGUGUAUUUAUGUGCAAGUGGCAAACUUGUGAUUUUCAGUUUGAUAAUGCCGACUUGUUGUAUGAGCACGUGAAAACUGCUCACACUUCACAAAUUGUAGAUGGGGAGAACCAGUUUGUAUGCCUUUGGACGUCCUGUUUGAAGUACAGGAAGGAAGGAAAGCCAUUUCCCUCACUACCUCGAUUACACCGGCAUAUUAAGGAAAAGCAUCUCAGUUCUUCUGCAAAAUCGAUAUAUCCCAACCAGAGGAGCAAGAAUUUCUACACAUAUCAGCAAGUUUCUACAACGGCAGCGGCUCCAGCUACUCCAGCAACACCUGGAACGACAUAUAUUGCUGUUCAGCAGGCUACACCGAAUGGCCAACAACAGUAUGCUAUUUCGCAACCUCCUGUCACAGGAUACGUAACUCAGGCUGUUGUGGCUUCCUCAAACCAGAUUGUAACGAACGGGUUCGUUAACGGUUCUGCGACGGCUUAUGUUGCCACCGCUACCCCUACUGUAGUUCACGCAACUGCUGGCGUCCAGGCUUAUCAUCCCUAUCCGCAGCAAGUGCGGCAGCGACUUUCUGUACUUGUUGUUCAGGUCACCACUGCUGCCCAGCAGAUGGUUGCCACUGGUACUCCACAGUAUACAGCCGUUGCCGUGCAGCCUGUUGGUUAUGGGACGGCAUCAACUUCCCAGCAACAGCCGCAGGCAGUACAGCAGCAGCCCUCUUUGCCUUCUCAGAAUACCUUUAUUGGGGACCCAGGACGUUCUGUUGUUCAAACGUCACGGGUACCGGAGCCAGUGUUCGUUGCUCCCCCUAACUCGAUUCAAGUCAAACGGGUACUACAUUCUGAAGCUUAUCUUAGGUAUAUUGAGUCUUUGCAUCAUGGAUCGCAACGCACCGUUAGUAAGUGGAACAGAAGUGUAUUAAUUAACCGUAGGAAUUUAACGUCUCAGAAGCCUCUUCCUUUGAACUGGCUUAAAGAUGCCAGGAGUAACGGAAUGAGGGAAGAGGAAUUGGUGAAUGCACUGUGGCGUCUUCGUGAUCACCUUAUGCAAGACGUUGCAAAUAUCUCAUCAGGAGUUUGA